GUGAGAACGAGGCGAAUUGACGUCAAUGGCAGGCUUUGAUUGGUGUUUUACCAUUUCCGGUGGGCAGACGUCCAAGCGCCUGUGAGGAAGAGUUGUCGCGCGUCUCUGAAUAACGGAAUAACGCAGAAGCCGAGUCGCGUUAUAAAGGCUCGGUCAGAGGUCAGAUCUAGCGUUCAUCAUGGCGUCAGGCAGCGCGAGCGGCGAGGAGGAGAAGAGUCUGAGGGAAUGUGAGAUAUACGUGCAGAAACACAACAUCCAGCAGCUGCUGAAGGACUGCAUCGUCCAGCUGUGCACCUCGCGGCCCGACAGACCCAUGGCCUUCCUCAGAGAACACUUCGAAAGGCUGGAGAAGGAGGAAGCGAAGCAGCUCCUGAACCAGCAGAAGGCCAGCUCUCGCUCCGACUCUCGUGAAGAUGAGGCGUCUCCUCCGAUGAACCCUGUGGUGAAGGGUCGCAGGCGGAGAGGAGCCAUCAGCGCAGAGGUCUACACCGAGGAGGACGCCGCCUCUUACGUCAGGAAGGUCAUCCCUAAAGACUACAAAACCAUGGCUGCUCUUGCCAAAGCCAUCGAAAAGAACGUGCUCUUCUCACAUCUGGAUGACAAUGAAAGAAGUGACAUAUUUGACGCAAUGUUUCCAGUCACAUACAUUGCAGGAGAAAUCGUCAUCCAACAAGGUGACGAGGGCGAUAACUUCUAUGUCAUUGACAUGGGUGAAAUGGAUGUGUAUGUGAACAGUGAGUGGGUCACCAGCAUUGGAGAGGGCGGCAGCUUUGGAGAGCUGGCUCUGAUCUACGGCACCCCGAGAGCCGCCACCGUCAGAGCCAAGACCAACGUGAAGCUCUGGGGCAUCGACAGAGACAGCUACAGGAGGAUACUGAUGGGAAGCACUCUGAGGAAGAGGAAGAUGUAUGAGGAGUUCUUGAGCAAAGUAUCGAUAUUAGAGUCUCUGGAUAAGUGGGAGCGUCUGACUGUGGCUGAUGCUCUGGAGCCGGUGCAGUUCGAGGACAGCCAGAAGAUCGUGGUUCAGGGAGAACCAGGGGACGAGUUCUUCAUCAUCCUGGAGGGAUGUGCAGCCGUUCUGCAGCGCAGGUCAGAAAACGAGGAGUUCGUAGAGGUCGGCAGGUUAGGACCGUCAGACUACUUCGGCGAGAUCGCUUUGCUGAUGAACCGACCGCGUGCAGCGACCGUGGUGGCCCGCGGGCCGCUCAAAUGCGUCAAGCUGGACAGGCCGCGCUUCGAGCGCGUGCUGGGACCGUGUUCGGACAUCCUCAAACGCAACAUCCAGCAGUACAACAGCUUCGUGUCGCUCUCCGUCUGAGAAUCCCCGCCCCCGAAAACCUCAACCGCAGGGUCCACCACACCGUCAGCUUCUCAUCCGCACCGCGUAACCCCAGGCUCGUUAUCGUCACGCGCUUCGUCGAGUGCUUCCCGCGAGAGCUUUAACAGCCGCUUUCAUCGUCGGACAUUUAGAGCCAAAUGAAAGGACAGACAAUCAAAACGUUCGUUCCUCCAAUCAAAUCGCAUCCGGUGUUUUUACCUUUAAUUCCAAGCGGUAAACAAAACCAGUAGAGGAGUAUGAAUAUAUUUAUAGUAGAGUUCUUCUAAAACCCUUUUGAUUUCUUUUACCCUCACAGUGCAGGUUAGUUUUUUAAGACUAGUUUUAUAAGAUUAACUGCCUACAUAUGUAACAGAGUAAGACGUUUGGCUGUACUGAUUAUAUUCUUCAAGCCUCAUUUCCCCUUCGCUAUCACGGUUACACAUGCGGUUUUAUUUCUUAUUAUCAUUCCAGCACACGCUCUUGCUAUUUGUGUUCAGUUGCUUGUUGUAGUAAAUUAGUGAGGCCGUUCCUGUGCGGCGUCAGGUUUUAUUGUGGCUGAUCAAAUUUUUAAAACGGAUUUUUAACUACAGGAAAACUCGAAACGAUGGCAGUUUGUUCUGUUACAAUGCCAGUGCCAAACGUUGGACAGAGCCUCACUUCUUGACUUCUUGACUCGACGAGAGAUUUGAUUCGUAUGUUCCUGCAUGUGCGCCGUCACCGGUUGAGAACAGCUUUCGGUCAGGAUGAUUCAGUAUUUAACUUUUUGUCAGUAUAUGCCGAGAAAUACCAGUUUUAUUUUUUAAUAAGCUUAUUUUUCCACAGUGGCGUAUUUAGUCGCAUGUCAUGAUUUCAAGUGUUUCCAUUUUUUAAACGGGCUCGUUGCUGUUUUAAUGUUGAUCUGAAGCAACCGAAAGGAUUCUAAAAUGAGGUUUUGACGUCAAUGCCGAGGUCACUCUGGUUUCUAGCGGCGCUGUUUGAAAACAGAGGCUCGCAAACACAGUCGGCCGCGUUCGUGAAACUGAAAAUCCACGCGUUUCGCAAAUGAUCUUUGAUACAUUUUUAUAAAAACUCUUCAAGUUAAACGGAACCUUGGCGAUUUGAUGUUUACAUGUCCGUAUUCUGUUGAGUGAUCAAUGUUUGAUUCUUUUUAUUUACAAAAUGUUCCUCGUUUUAGUUUUUGAGAAAUGCAGAUUAAAAAGGUGUAACACAAA